CUAUAAUCGGCAAUAAUUGGCCUGCGAUUUGCGGCAAGGUGAUUGGCUCUUUAAUAAAACCCGUUAGCAAUCUUAUCUCACUCUCAAUGCCACAUCCAGCACUUGAAACUCGUUAUUCAAAUUGCGUAUGCGCCGACCGACCAACUCCACUAGUUAGUCUCUUGACAGUACUCACACACGCUCCCGCGUGUUGACAUAACACGCGCGAUCUUCACCUGUUUCGACACUGCAAACAGCUGUUUCGACUCGCGCGCAUGUCAACUGAGUGAUCGUGUUUUGGUUUUUCACGUUCGAAAAUCGAUGGGUGUGUGAAAACGCGAGUUGAUUGGUAAAUGACCGAUCGUCUUUUGUUUUUCUGUGUUUAUUUUAAAUAUUGCGAACACUAUUCGCACGCGAAUGGUCUUUUCAUUUCGCGAAACUGUUGAAUUGAAAGUGUUUUCGGUGUCAAAAUGAUGCGUUCUUUGAAUUGUGUGUCUCCGAAUAAUUUCAAAAUAACAGCACCCACGGAGAGUACGGAGGUUUUUGCGAUUGAGACUUCAAUGGCGGGAUCGAGACGAGACUUGGAGUCUCAAACCACGUCCAAUUCAACAGAGAAAAAACACAGCAUCUGGUGGAAUGUGUUUCUCGACAUUCCCAUACUCGCAGCUGUUAUUACCGUGAUCAUGCUUUACGAGUCUGGCAUCAUCCCCUCCUACAAAAGUGGUUUCUUCUGCAACGACCCGAACCUAAGCUACACAUUCAACGGAGACACUGUCAAUGAUGUGGUGUUGGUGUCUACUAUUCUUCUGAUGCCUUUAACAGCCUUCCUCAUCACAGAACUCGUCGUCCUCGACUCUGACUACCUCCACUCUCGGCCUCUAGAGGCCCUGAGGAGAACCGGUCUGCUGUACCGGAACUAUAUGUACGGCUUUGCCUUCAAUCUCCUCUUUGUUGAGAUCAUGAAAGGCCUAAGUGGAAUGCCGAGGCCGGUGUUCUUUCAGAUCUGUAAGCCGGAUACUGCAGUUAAUUGUACCACGGGCGAGUACAUUUCUACCUUCGAGUGCACGUCUUCCUACUCCUGGUGGAAGCAGUAUGACUCAUACCAUAGCUUCCCAUCUGGACACACGUCUAUGUCGGUCUACUGUGGACUUUUUAUCGCGUGGUACCUUCAACGCCGCGUGUUCUCCUGGUCGUCCCGAACAGUGCUCCUGGUCCCAUUGGUCCAGAUCUGCUGCCUCGGUUACGCAGCUACAUGCUCCCUGUCCAGGAUCACGGAUCACAGACAUCAUUGGUGGGAUGUCGCUGCUGGGACGGUUGUUGGUGUGGUCACACUUUUGUUCGCUGUAUUUCCUAUCAGCGAUAACUUCGCACUAGUGAGAGUAGCGAGUGUUUCAAAGACCCAGCAUUCCAGCACAGACCUGCUUUAUGUGACCGCAAGAAGACCUGUGUCUUAAUUUAAUAUGAAGUUAAGUGUAGGCUCAAUAGGGUAUUAUACUGUAUUUAAAAUAAAUCAUUUUACACCAUGCAUGAAAUAAAGCACCAGAUAAUGAUUAGAAAAACACAGGUAGGAGUUAUUUUUAAACAUAAGUUCUAUUUAAUAAAUCGGAUAGAAAUAAAAAAGUAGGUGAGUUGACCGUGACGUCACGAUGUAAUGUUUCAUAUAAAUUCCAUAUUAGCAAAUCGUUUUGACAGUUCUAAAAAAGUAACUGAUUUGACUAGGUAGGAAAAUACCCUAUUAAAGUUUAACUACGUUAUCAGAAUAUUGCUUUUUGAGAUUAUUCCGCAGAAAAUGAUUUGAAGAGGGUUCUUUUUUAUUGUAAUAAUAUGUUGGGUGACUCCUUUAGUCAUUGGCCACUUCAUAUUAAUUGGCCACUUUAUAUUAAUUGGCCACUCCGUAGUAUUGGCCAGUUCAUAGUAAUUGACCACCAAAAAGACUUGGCUUGUUUCUUUGACUUGUUAAGAGUGGCCAAUUACUAUAGAUGGGCCAAUAACUACCUAUAGCACUCACCCUACAUUUUUAGUAAUGUAUAUUAGCGAAUAAAGGUGACAUUCAGAUGUCAACUGCGGCUACAUUACUGUUGCGGCGUCGUUGUUGACAUCCGAACGUCACUUUUAGUACCUACUUACGUACCCCCGAAGUAUUAUAUGAAUGAAAUAAGCAUCUCAAGUAGGAAUGUCUGAAAGUAAAUCUAUUCUUGGUUAGAUAUUUUAAGUACAAGUAAAAAUAAAAAUUAUA